UGCCCGAGAGGCCCUAGCGACUCGCGCGCACGUCACAAUCUCAGUAAACAAUCAAUCAAUUCCACGCGACCUUGACGUCUCCUUCAGGCCUCUGCCGCAGCAAGAAGCUGCCUCGCGUCUCUGCGCCUGGUGCCUGAAACGUCUCACUCACACGCGUUUGCUUGCCGAAACGCUCGCCAGCAAACGGUUAAAAGCUUUCGAGGCGUCGACGUUGCUGUCGUUGUUUGCACAUCCCGCUGCCUCCAAACAAACGUCCCCGCCUCGGCUUCCGCUCGCUGACUACACCCUACCGACCCUAUUCUCAGCCCUUGACCGAGACUAGCCACCAUCAAAUUUUACUCUGCCGUCAUGCCACCAUUGCCAGACCCUUUAGUCUUGCGGCUACCGCGGACUGACGUCGACAAUGACUUCGUCCUCGUCAAUGUCCAACAAUCCGGUCCGGAUCUUCUGGAUGUGAAACUCGUUGCUACAGAUGGCGAAGCUCCUUUCGUCACCUACCUCCGCCAAAACCAAAUCCACAAAUUGCAGGCUUCUAGCUCGCAGACGGAAUUGGGCCAUUGGCAAUCUAUCUUGUCUUCUGUCUUGCUUCAAUCUAUUCCAAAUGAUCCUACUCUGGUCGGAGUAGAGGCCGUGGCCAAUCUCUCUUCAUCUCAGCUCACUAUAACCAUCCGUAAUAAGAUUAGUGGCAUCACUCAACGACUUGGCGCAAUCACUCUGGACAGGGAUGACGAUGAAGCUGUGCAGCUAUACGACUGGACGGGCUUUGCUGUAUCCCGAGCUGAUGGACUGGCCCACCAACUAGCAACCUUCCAAUCUACCGUGACGGAGCAUCAGAAGAGAAUUGAUGAGCUGACCGCUCAGCUGGAUGACCUGGUCAAGGCGAAGAAGUCUCACCAAGAUGAGAUGCUCCGGAAGUUUGCAGCCUUAUUGAACACCAAGAAACUCAAGAUCCGCGAUCAGCAGCGCCUUCUGGCUCAUGCCAAGGUCAACCCCAGAGCCGCAGAUCAAGUUCAGCAGGCUAGAUCUGCUACUGGCCGUAAACCUGAUCUCUCUCGCUCAAGCAAGCGUAAGGCCGAUGACAAGGUCAAUGAGUCUGAAACAGAUGACGAUGACCUGGGAGGAACGGAUCUGGGGAACCGCAUGGACGAAGAACAUGACAUGCGUCAGGAACUUGGCGGACCCCUGACAUCUGACAAGUCUGAACUUGAUACUGAGGAUGAUGACAGCGAUGGUGGCUUUGCUCCAGCCCCCAUGCCGUCACAGCCGUCGCGCUCUCAGGCCUCACAAUUAUCGCGCUCUCAAAAAUCCAUGGGAGCCAUGGAAGGAGCCUCGGAAGCUAUCAAGCCAGAUGAAACAGAGAAGGCACCUGAAGUGUCCCCUGAGAUACAGCUACCGCCUAGAAGGCAGUUGCCUUUCUCCAAGCGGAAUGAUCUGAUGUCUUCUUCACAGGCCCUGCCUAAGUCCUCUUCGACAAUGGCCUCUUCUCAGACCCUGCCCAAAUCGUCUGUCGUAGUGCCUCCUCCUAAUCCAACGCCAGCAAUGGAGGAAGACGAUGAGACAGACGACGAAUUGUGACUUACUCGUAAUCUCGUUAAGGCAUGGUCGCUCUCAUACUUUCAUACAACUACCAAAAUUAGGAGGACCAUGAGCAUCAACGACAUACACCAAAUUCAUAUGUAAGACAUUGCGGAAAUCUUGGUCAGGAAUAAAUUGCCUUGGCUUUGAGC